AUGGGAACUGCUCGUUGGAUCUACAACAAGUGUUUAGAAUUUACACACAACUUCAAAGGUGUCAAGAAAAAUAAGAAGAAUUUCAGAACGUUUGUGGUGAACAACGAUAAUUAUCAGACAGAAAAUCAGUGGGUUGUGAAUACUCCUUAUGACGUAAGAGAUGCUGCCGCUAUUGAAUUGUUGACUGCGUUCAACACUAAUUUUGAAAAGAAGAAGGCUGGAAUGAUUGACAAGUUCAUGAUCCGUUUCAGGCGAAAGAAAGACAGAAAAGAUCAUUUUGUUCUACAUUGCAAGCACUGGAAGAAAAAGAGUGGACUGUAUUCUUUUAUAAGGAACAUCAAGAGCGCAGAACCUUUGCCUGAGGAGCUUCAGUACGAUUCCAUCAUUAUUAAGAACAAGUUGAACCAUUAUUAUUUAUGUAUUCCACAAGUACUGGAUAUUAGGGGUGAGAACCAAGCCCCUCAACAUUCAGGACAAGUUGUAGGAUUGGAUCCAGGAGUAAGAACAUUUCAGACCACCUUUGAUUUGAAUGGUUAUUCAACCAAAUGGGGCUCAGGAGGUGCCGAAAGAAUUGGUAGAUUGUGUUGCGCGUAUGACAAGUUGCAAUCGAAGUGGUCUCAACCAGAAGUCAGACAUUGCAAAAGAUACAAGUACAAGAGAGCAGGAAGAAGAAUUCAACAAAAGAUUAGAAAUAUUGUGGAUGAUCUACACAAGAAACUGUGUUUGUGGCUGUGUCGAAACUACCAAGUGAUCUUACUUCCUUCGUUUGAGACUCAGAAAAUGGUAAAGAAACUCCAUAGGAGAAUUAAUAGCAAGACAGCAAGAAAAAUGUUGACUUGGUCACAUUACAGAUUCAAGCAAAGAUUGCUUCACAAAGCUAGAGAGCAUCCGUGGACACACAUUUAUAUUGUCAACGAAGCGUAUACAUCCAAAACUUGCUCAUGUUGUGGACAAAUUUAUACGGUUGGAUCAUCUGAAGUGUUUCGUUGUCCAUCAUGUGGCUCAAUUUUUGACAGAGAUAUCAAUGGAGCAAGAAAUAUUCUUCUUCGAUUCCUUACUACUCAUAGAAUUAGUUUUUGA